AUGCACAAAGAUAAAAAUUAGAGAAUAAGUAUUAUCGAAAGUAUUUAUUAAAUAUUAAAAAUAUGUUCAAAUGAUUAUAUACCUUAAAGAUUUUAAUAAUAUUAAAAUUUAGGAAUAGAUUUAUAUAAAAUAUAGAAAUAUUAAGAAGUUAUUUAAUAUUAAGAAAAAAUACUUUAAAUUAAUGAAAAUAGUGAUAAUAAUUUUUUUAUAUAUAAUAAAGUUGGUAAUAUUUUUAUAGAAAUUCAAGAAUAUAAAUAAGCUAUUUUGUACUUUAAAAAAUCUCUUGAAAUAAAUUAAAAUAAUUCAUAUGCAUAUAUUAGUAUAGGUAAUAUUUUAAAUACACUUAAUAAAUUUAAUGAAGCUAUUAAAUUUUAUGAAAAAGCAGAUCCUUAAAAUUGUUUAGUUUAAAAAAAUAAAGGAAAUAUAUUUAUGAAUCUUAGAAAAUAUGAAGAAGCUAAUAAAUGCUUUGAUUAAGCUAUUUUAUUAGAUAAAUAAGACUUUGAAUGUUAUUAUAAUAAAGGAAAUUCAUUAACUAAGCUAAAAAUGUAUAAGGAAGCAAUUUAAUAUUAUGAAAAAGCAAUUGAAAUAAAUCCUAAUUAUUCUAAUGCUUAUUUUAAUAAAGGAAAUAUUUUAAUAUCUUUUUAAAAAAAUGUUGAGGCUUUUAUUUAAUUCGAAAAAGCAAUAAAAAUAAAUCCCCAUUUUUUCGAAGCUUAUAAUAAUAGAGGAAAUAUCUUAUUUUACCAAAAAAAAUAUUAAGAAGCUAUUGAUAGUUAUUAAUUUUGUAUAUAAAUAAAUCCAAAUUUCCCAAAUGCAUAUUUCAAUUAAGGAAAUGUUUAUAAAAUUCUAGUUUAGUAUGAAAAAGCAAUUUUUUGUUAUAAUAAAUGUAUUACUCUUAAUCCUAAUGAUACAUCAGCUUAUUAUAAGAAAGGUAAAAUACUUAAUUUAUUGAAAAAAUAUGAGGAUGCUAUUUUAUAUUUAGAUAAAGCUAUUAGUUUAAAUCCUUAUUUUAUUAAAGCUUAUAAGAUAAAAGCGGAAGUAUUAAAAAAUUAAAGAAAAUAUGAUGAUGCUCUAAUUAUUUUAGAAAAAGUAAUUGAAGUUGAUAAGUAAAAUCUAAAAUAUUUAAUAAAAUAAGGAUAAUUAUUAAUGAAGUUAAAAUAAUAUUAGAAUAGUAUCGAUUGUUUUGAAAAAAUAUUAUAAAUAUAUCCUUUAUAAGAAAAUAUUUUUUAGUAUAUAGGGAAAAAUUAUUAUUAUCUUGAAAAAUACGAAAAAGCACUAUUUUAUUUUGAAAAAAUUGUUGAUAAUAAGGAUUUUGAUAUUUUUUUUUUUAUAGGAAAUAUAUUAAAAAAGUUAGAAAAAUUCGAAAAAGCUAUUGAAUAUUAUGAAAAAGCUUAAUUAAUAAAUUAGAAUGAUUAUUAUAUUUAUUUAUAAAAGGGAGAUUGUUAUUUUUUUUUAGGAAAAUUUCUAGAAGCUAUUUCUUGUUAUGAUUAAGCUAUUUAAAUAAAUGAAAUUUUCUAAGAUCCUUUUUUUAAUAAAGGAAAUGCAUUUUAUUAUCUCUAAAAUUUCUCAGAAGCCAUUAAAUGUUAUCAGAAAGUAAUAGAAAUAAACCCUUAAGAUUUUAAAUCUUAUAAUAAUAUUGGGAACUCUUUUUAAAAUCUAAAAAAAUAUAAAGAUGCGGCUUUUAAUUAUGAAAAGGCUUUGUCUAUAAAUAAAUUUUAUAUUGAAGGAUUAUUUAAUAAAGGUAGUUUAUUGAUUGAAAUAAGAAGCUUUCAAGAAGCGAUAAACUGUUAUGAUUAAAUUCUAGAAAUAAGUAAUUUCAAUGUUGCGAGUUUAUACAAUAAAGGAAAUAUUCUUUUUUUUUAUCUUUAAAAUUAUUAAGAGUCUAUUAAAUGUUAUGAAGAAAUUAUAUAAAAGAGAAAUUCUUAUUUGUUAUAAACUUUUAUUAAUGUAUCGAAAGCAUUAAUUGAAAUAUAAUAAUAUGAAAAAGCUAUUUCUUAUUUUGAUUAGGCUUUAAAAAUAGAUUAAUAUAAUAUAGAAGCUUAAUUCAAUAAAGGAAUAUGUUUAAAUUUAAUCAAAAAAUUUGAAAAAGCAUCAUAGUGUUUUUAAAAUAUAAUAAAUAUGGAACCUAAUAAUUAAAAGGCUUAUUUAAAUUAAGGAAUAUGUUUAAAAAAUCUAUUUUAAUAUUAAUAAUCUUUAGAAUGUUUAAAUAAAGCAAUUUUAUUAAACGAAAACGAUUUCUAAGCUAUUUUUAUAAAAGCAAAGGUUUUAAACGAAAUUAAAUAAUAUUAAGAAGCUAUUGAAUAUUAUAAAAGAGCCUUAAAAUUAGAUUGUAAAAAUUAUGAGGUUUUUUACUCCUUAGGUAUUUCUUUUUAUAAUUUAGAAUAAUUUUAGGAAGCCAUUAAUUAUUUUGAUGAAACUAUUUAAUUUAAUUAAUCUUUUCUAGAGGCUUAUUUUUAUAGAGGAGUUGCUUUUUUUAAUAUUUAAAAAUAUGAUGAAGCUAUAGAUAGCUUUUAAAAAGUUAUUGAAAUUAAUCCUGAUUAUUUAGAAGCCUAUAUUUAUAAAGGAAAUUCAUUUAAAAAGCUUUAAAAAUAUGAAUGUUCUCUACUUUGUUAUGAAGAGGCUUUAAGUAAAAAUCCUGAAUAUGAAAUUGCAUAUUUUAAUAAAGGAAAUAUAUUAAUUCAUCUUUAAUAAUACCAAGAAUCUAUUUUUUGUUUUGAAUAGAUUUUAAGCAAAAAUAUUAAGCAUGCAGAAGCACAUUAUUAAAAAGGAAUAGCAUUAAAAGAGCAAAAAAAAUUUAAAGAAGCAAUCGAAAGUUUCGAAAAGGCGAUAGAAAUAAAUGAAAAAUAUUACUAAGCUUAUAAUAAUUAAGGAAUUGCACUAACGGAAAUUCAAGAGUAUUAAAAAGCAAUGAAAUGUUAUGAAAAAGCCAUAAAAAUAAAUAAAAAUUAUGCCGAGGCAUAUAAUAAUAAAGGAAUAAUUUUAUUUUUUUUAAAUGAAUUUACUGAUGCUAUAAAAUGUUAUUAGAAGGCUAUAAAAAUAAAUAGCGAAUUUUCUGAGGCAUAUAGUAAUAUUGGUACCGCUUUAAAUUUUUAGGAAAAAUAUUAGGAUGCUAUUCCUUGCUUUCUUAAAGCUAUUUCUAUAAAUAAUUAAUAUUCUUUAGCUUAUUAAAAUACUGGAGUUUCUUAUUUUAAACUUUCUUAAUUUUUGAAAGCUGCUGUUUGUUUUGAAAAAGCUUUUUAGAUUGAUUAAAAUAGUUAUAAUUCUUUAUUCUUUAUGAAUUAUUCUUUAAAUUUAUAUAAGUAAUCUUAUACUAGUACUAGUACAGAUGAUUUCUAAAAGUCUUUGAAUUAAACUUAAUGUUAGAAUCAAUAUGAUUAAAUUAAUGAUUUGUUUAAAUAAGGAAAUCUUCAUAGCUUUUUAGACAAAAAUAUUGUCAAUGAUAUAGAUAAUUAAACUCCUUAAAAUAAUGAAAAAUAAACAGUCGAAAAAGAAGGGUAAAAUAAUUAAAGUUAGAUAUAGACUAAAUCUAAUAAUUUAGAAGAUUAAUUGUGUUUAAAUAAAUAUGAAUAAAACAUUUAAAAAUAAAUAAAUGUAAAUUCUUAAUAUUUAAUUUAAAUAAAUUCAGAUAAUUCAGAUUAUUGA